AUGGAGAGAAACGGCCGCUCUCUUCCCCCACACACCGGAGCCACAGAUCUCCAACCCCCCCCAGGACCAGUGGGGGUGGUCCUGGUCCACUCCCCGCAAGCAACUGGGCCAGAGAGGCUACAGACUGCAGGGCAAAACAAGCGUCCAACCAAAGCAGAGGCUCACACAAUGGCGGAAGCCACGUGCUCCGCCAAAUGCAGCGAGGAAGGGGCCGACACACUAUCACGACUUAACGGUAUAUUCGAUGCCUUCUGGGCAAAAAUGGAGAGCAGGGAGAGGCAAGCGGAGAUGGAGGCAUACUCACACACAGGAACGACUGCACAGCCCACCUACAGCAGAGCAGCCAUACCCUCAAAAGGAGCUCGGAGAUGGCGCCAUAGAAGGAGACCUUUCCCGCCAAAAAGGAAAUCCAGACGGCUGCACCGCACAUCACGACAGAACCCACUUAAGCUCAACACCUCACCGACGGCAACCAUGAAGCCAAGGAGAGACAGCCAUUCCUCAUUGCACCAGAUCCGGACGCCGCUGAAGAGGUCCUAA